AUGGGAAGUAAUGGUGCUGAGGACAUGAAAAUCUCAGGGAAUGAUACGGCUGGAUGUUCUGAAACCACUGUUGAGAUAAAGAUCAAGACUUUGGAUUCUCAAACUUACACUCUGCAAGUGGAUAAAUGCGUGCCAGUUCCUCGGCUGAAGGAGCAGAUUGCUUCUGUAACUGGUGUCUUGUCGGAACAACAGCGCCUUAUAUGCCGUGGAAAAGUUUUGAAGGACGAUCAGCUCCUCUCAGCUUACCAUGUGGAAGAUGGUCACACGUUGCACCUGGUCGUGAGACAGCCAGUCAUCCCAUCAUCAGACGGCGUUGAUCAUGCAGCAACUGAUCCCACAUCAAGUACUGGGAAUAAUUCGGGCAAUCAGGUAGGUCCUGGUGUUGUAGUUGGAACCUUCAAUAUAUCUGAGCAGGGAGAUGGAGCUUUUCCCGAUCUCAAUCGGAUUGUCUCAACCGUACUUAAUUCUUUUGGAAUUGCAAGAAUGGGAAGUGGUAGUGAAGGGAUUGAUCUUAAUCAACCUCCAUCAGAAAGGAUUUCUACUGCACCAAGCCUUGGUGGUCCGAUAAAUUCUAACAGACUGCAUUCAUACCAAGCUAUUUCAAAUGCUGUUCCUGAAGAAUCUCUGCAGCCACCGAUUAUUCCUGAUUCAUUGACUACUUUGUCCCAGUACUUGAGUCACUUGAGGCAAGAAUUCCGUACCCACGCUGGAGGUCAAAGUGGUAGUUUUCAAACUGCUGGUCCAUGUGGGAGUGAUGCACAAGAUUCACAUUCUACUGCACAGAGAGGGCUUCCGACCCCAGAAUCAUUGGCUGAGCUGAUUCUGUCCACAAGACAAAUACUUGUUGAACAAGCAGCUGAGGGGUUAUUGCAACUUGCGGGACAGCUGCAGGGUCAUGCGGAUGUGACCGAUCCAUUGGAGCGGUCGAGAAUUCAGUCUAAUGCUAUGAGAUCCGGGGUUCUUUUUCAAAAUUUAAGUUCUUUGCUUCUUGAACUUGGGCGGACAACCAUGACUCUCCGAAUGGGUCAAACACCGGCUGAUGCAUUGGUGAAUGCUGGACCAUCAGUUUUUAUAUCGUCAACAGGUCCAAAUCCUAUAAUGGUUCAGCCACUUCCGUUUCAACCGGGAGCAAAUUUUGGGGCAAAUCCAUUUGGAACUAUGCAGAAUGGCUCAGGACUAUCUGGAGGAUCUAUUGGUUCUGGUUUUCUUCCCAGGAAUAUAGACAUCAGAGUACGAACAGGUUCUUUGCUGUCCCGGAGAGAGACAAUUGAUUUACAGUCGCAAGGACAUGGUGUUACCAUGUCUUCUACCGGUGGGAAUUCUGGUCAACAAGCUGCCGUAGGACUUGAUCCAAAUUCCGUCAUCCGGGAUUCUGAAGUGCGGGCAAUUCCUAUUAGGACCAUGGUUGCUGCCGUUCCUGCUUCUGGUGAACGUGGUUCCAAUUCACCUCAUGGUUCAAUCGGAAUAGUGUACCCAGUUUUAGCUAGAGUUCAACAUGUAGCUUCUGGAAAUUCGAGUAGCGCAAGAGCUUCUCAAGCAUCUGAGCAACAUCGUGGUCAGGAUAUUGACCCCGAACAACAAACAAUACCCGAUUCUGCAACACAGCAGCAAAAUAUUGGAGCACCUGGAGGAAAUGGCAGCAGUACUACAACUAGUGAAGCAUCCCAAAGGCAAGGGUUCUCUGCGCAGAUCCAAAGUGGACUCGGGGAACUGCUGAGGACAAUAUUUCCUGGUGAGCAUAUUUUUGGUGACAAUGUUAGCCCACCUCCUGCUGGAGCAGCCCAGGAUGCCAGUACUUCUCAGGAGGCAGCUGAAGCAAGUCGUGAAGGGAUAUUGUUGUCUAAUAUACUACAACAGAUAAUGCCCAUUAUUCAAGAAAAUGGCGCAGCAGCCUCUAAUGGAGGCGCAAACUUGACUGAACCCCAGAAUGAUGAAAACCAAGAUCAACGGGCUGCUUCUCGUCGGCGGCGUGGCCCUCAAUCACAACCAAGUACAAAACGCCCAAGGAGGGAGUGA